AGUGGAUUCAGGUGAAGCACUUUCGGUUUGAAUAAGCGUCCCCCACCUGAAGUCCCCUUCAAGAGCGCACAAAAGCGUUUGGAAUUCGCCCCAGGUGCAUCACUUUGGGAUACCUGCACGUAAAUAAGCAACUAGGAAACACACAGCCCUGGCCCGUCGAGGCAUGGACUAGACCCGCAGCAGAAAUACAGCGGUUACCCCGGUAAACAAACAGCGCUGCACUUAUAAAGGCGUUAUCUGGAGUUUUUAAGAUGUCCAACUGCACCCUGAACAUCACCACUGGCAUCCAGAACCUUCAGCUGGCCUCACUGAUUCCCUCCUUCAUCCUCGGGGUCCCGGGAAACAUAUACGUCUUAGUGAUGUUCUUCCGGCGUCCCAGAGCAGACUGGACCUACAUGAACAUCUACAUCACCAAUAUGGCCAUCGCCGACUGCAUCGUGCUGGUGCUUCUUCCCAUUCGCAUCGCGUCCUACUAUGAAAACACCUGGAUACUGUCCAAAUUCUGGGACCAGACGAACAAAGAGCUGUGUUACGUUCUUGUGUCGGUUUAUUACGUCAACAUGUACGUGAGUAUCUUCACCAUCACUGCCAUAAGUGUGGUGCGGUACGUGGCCAUCAAGUAUCCCAUGAAGGCCAGAAUUAUUUUGUCUCGUAGAAACGCUCUGGUGGUUUGCGCGCUCAUUUGGUUGGUCACAUGCUCGUUUAGCGCGGCUUUCCAUCACGUGGAUGAUCCGAAGAAUAACACCACGAUCAAGUGCUUUCAGAAGAAUAAAGAAGAGGAACUGCCGCUGGCGUUCAUUCUCGUGCUGAACAUCGUCGGGUUCCUCGUGCCGUUUCUCAUCAUGUUGUUUUGCUCUGUCAGAGUCAUUUACAUGUUGAGGAAACAGUUGGAAAUCGGGUCCCGUAGCGAGAAAAUGAUCCAGUGCAUGUUCAUCAUCGCGGCUAACCUGAUUGUGUUCGUCGUAUGUUUCUUCCCCGUUCACUUCGGGUUUUUCUGGAAGUACAUCGCACAGGCUUAUGGGCACAGUUGUGACGCGCAGUCUUUCGCGCAUAAUUUUGUUCACUUCGCCAUGUGCGUCUCCAGUAUGAACUGCGCUUUGGACUGCUUCAGUUAUUACUUCGCCACCAGAACUUCUUGGAUAUUGUGCUGCACGAAAAAAACUGAAAGAAAAGAAGAAUAUGAAUGUGAAUAUAACAAGGUGACUUAGCAUUAUCAAAAUAUAUUUGAAUUAGUGCUGUCAAUUGAUUUAAAAAAAAUUAAUCGCACAUUUUUCUGUAAUAAAAUCGCGAUUAAUUGCACCUAACAUUAACGUUUUUAAUGUAUGUUUAUAUUGUAAUACUUUCACAUUGAAUCUAAAAAAGAAUGUAGAAAAAGACUAAAAGAUAAAGAAAAUAUUUUUAAUGUGUUAAACUGAAAAAAGAAUUAGUGUUGACUUUGACAGCCCUAAUCUGAAUUAUAAUAAACUGUGUAAUAUAGAUAUAUAUAAAAUUAGUUUGUCAACUUUAUAAGUGGUCUCAUGUAGCAGAAAAAAAUUAUCACAUUUUAUUUCAUAAUAAAACUGUAUAUUUUUCAUAUUUUGUAUUAAACAAUACUUAAUACAUAAAUAUAAAAGGAAUUGAUACAUAUAUAUACAAUACAAAUUAAAAUACAUACAAAAUAUUAAUAUAAAUUAUAACUCCGUAAUCAUUUAAUUUGGACUACAUAUGCCGUAAAGAUAUAUAUUUAUUUAUAUAUUUCGGUUUCCGCAUACAGUAAUUGGUUUCAUCAAACAUUGAUUUCAUCCAAAUUGAAAACAUGUUUGUUAAAUUAAAAAAAAAAUCAUAAUGCUGAUUAGUUUAUAAACAUAAAACAUAAACAUGACAGGAUGUAAGCGUCAGUGUAAUGUUUGACAAUGGUAUUAAUGAAUAUAAAUAUUCAACCCACAACUGAAUAAUUUUGACAAUAUGCCAUUUUUUUAUAUAUCAUUUAAAUAUGAAGUAAAUAGUAAAGAUUAUGUAGUGUAAACACUGUAUAUCCCCACUGUAUCCUUUUUGUCCAUAUAAACCUCAUAAAAAAGACAAACUUAUAUUGUAAUACAGGGUGUUUUUGUGUGCACUUUAUAAAGUUUUGUUUACUGAUGUGUUCCUGUAAAAAAUGACUGUGAUUUUAACAGUAAAAGACUGUAAAAAUGCUGCGGUGAAAAACUGUCAAUUGGUUUACAGAAAGUUUCC